AUGCAUGAUAGCGCUGCGAAUGUUUAUUCUGAUGGAUCCACCUCGCAUUAUGGUUUUCUAAAGCCUGAGGGCAGAAUGGUUGGUCGUCACCGUGACUGUACAGUCAUAAAGAAACAACUCUUUUUCGACAGUUAUGGACCAAAUGUAAUCUCAAUUGUUGGAAUGGUGGGUAUUGGAAAGACGACUCUAGCAAGAAAUGUGUAUGAAGAUCCAUCAGUUGCAUCCUAUUUCGAUGUAAGAGCUUGGAUUACUAUGCCUCCUCCUCAAAAUUACAAUAAGAGCAGAGUUCUAAGUCAACUUCUUCAGUCAAUUACACCAGUAGAAGACCCAAAUGUAAUUGAAAAGGGAAGCACUCCUCAUGAACUAGAAAUGCAGGUACGCAAAUGCUUUGGUGGUAAGAAGUAUCUAAUUGUUUUGGACAACAUUAUGAGCAAGAAAAUUUGGAACCAAGCUUGGAUUCACAUUAGAAGGUGGGUGGAUAAUGGAUUAAAUGGAAGUUACAUAUUACUAACCACUAGACACUUCAACCUAAAUGUCCAUAUCCAUAAGAUGACUUUGCUAGAUCCAAAAGAAAGCUGGGAACUAUUUUGUAAUAUCCUUUCUAUUGAUGAAGAGCACUUGGCCCCUAAAUUUGAAAAAAUUAGGAAUCAUGUUGUGGAGAAAUGUGAUGGAUUACCCCAGUUAAUUGUUGAAGUUGCCAAGCGUUUAUCUAAAUGCAACAACAUACAACAAGGGUGGAAAAAGAUUGAAAAGGAAUUAGAGUCAUUGGGACUUCUAGAUCGCAAUGCACUCAGUGUUAGUUACAAUAUGUUGCCACAUCAUUUGAAAGUUUGUUUUCUAUACUUUGGAGUCUUCCCAAAACGUAAAAAAAUUCUGGUUAAAAUGCUUAUAGGGUUGUGGAUUGCUGAGGGAUUUGUGAAGCCAUUGAAAUGUAAGGAGUUAGAAGAUCAAGUUUAUGACUACUUACAAGAGCUUACUGAUAGAAGUCUUCUCUUAAUUGAAGAUCGAAGUUGUAACGGCAAAAUAAAGACUUGCAGAAUGCACAGUGCCUUACAUAGCUUUUGUGUAGUAGAAGCUCAAAAAGGAGGUAUUUUAUGUGCAGUGAAUACUCAGCAACAUUCAGGAUUAUCAUUAAAAGCAUUUACAAAUUCAUGCCGUUGGCUAAGUUCUUACUCACACAGUUUUGACUAUUAUGUGCUCUUUGGUACAAACAUCCCUCGCUCCAUUUUCUUCUUUCUUGUAAAUCCUGAAAUGUUUGUUCCUCCCAAGUUGUUAAGAGUUUUGGCUUUUGAUACUUCUAUAUCACUUCAAAGAGUGCCAGUGCAAUUAGGAGGUUUAGUUUUUCUGAGAUACCUAUCCAUAACAAAAUGGUUUGAGGAUCUGGAUGAUGUAGUGUCAAAUAAUCCAAAUUUAGAGACACUUGUUGUUUCCGGUAAUGGAGCACCAAUAGUCCAUUUGCCAUCUAGUAUUUGGAAGCCACCAAACUUAAAGCAUCUCGAACUUGGCAAUUCAUAUAUGGUAGAUCCUCCAAGUGCAGAUAAAAAGAAUUUACAAACAUUAUCUUGGGUGGAUGGCAUAGAGCCCAGUCACAUUGGAGGAUCUUGCAGCAAUCCUAUUAUUUUGGAUCAUUUUGACUAUUUGGAAGGGCUUAAGAAGCUUAGCAUUUCGGAUUCUAUUGGUUUGAAUGCAGCCCUUCCAGAAGAGUGUAUGUAUCCUUCAGGAUUGAAGAACGAAGUUGAAGUUGAGUGGGAUUAA